AUGUCCUGGUUCUUCAAAGUCGCAAGAGGCUGGGCACCCUAUGCUGCUGCGCAGUCGGAACGCUUGGAGGCCGGCUUUCGGCUCUUCCAAACAGGCACCAAGGAACACGUGGUACUGGAUGAUUGGAGAGUUGACCUGGAGAGAAUGAUCCAAUACCGUGCAGACGAUCCCUCUCGCAGUCGGCCAGUGAAACGCGAGGGACCUCCAGCAGCCUCAGCAGCUUCGAGCGGACAAGGUCCUGCAAAACGGCAGAAGUUGCUACUGCAGCUAGUGGAGGCCAAGGAUGAUGAGCUGUUUUCGGACCUGAGCUCGGAAGACCUGAAGAAGGUGGCCGAUCGCUUGGAGAAGCUCCAAGCCGGCUGCCAAGGUCGGAUCAAGGCAGCAGUGCCCGGCAAAGGCACCGAUGAAAAGGCCGGCUGCCAAGGUCAGAUCAAGGCAGUGCCUGGCAAAGGCACCGAGGAAAAGGAUCUCGUGUGGACCAGCUGCGACUUCACCACUGCACACGGAGCCGCGCUGCAUUCCCCCGUGCUGUUUAGCUAUGCAAGGUUGCAUGCAAGAGUCGGCAGCCGCCCUGUCCUCUUUCAAAUCCGACAAGCGAAUAUCGUUAAUGCGGAAGCGGAGUACAACGCUUUUAAGCUGAGCUACUUGAAGGAUGGUCGUGAGGGCGACCUGAUUUGGCCCCCAGCACCCUAUGAGUGGUCCGCAGAUGGGGAGCACGACCCAGAGAUGAGACACUGGGAUAUCCGCUCAGCAUGUGGAGUUCAGGAUGAUCGACCAGCCAACAAAUGGUUCCAAGCCAUUCUGGGGACUCUCGUGUCAGUCGCGAAGCAAGAAACCGAAAAGAGGACCGACAUGAACUUUGAAACGGCAUUCGAGGAGAUCGAGGAAUGGUUUGACGAGUACUUCGACCAGCUUCCAGACAGCGUGAUGACCAUGGCAGAGUAUUUUGCAAAGAAAGCGGCGGCAGAAGCCCCGGCGAUGACCUCUCUCGAUGAAGUUAUUCGCUUGGGUGUGGCAGAGGCUUUCGAUUUAUGGCGCUCGGGGGCCUGCGGUUUGAUGGCGCUCACGGAGACGGCGGAUGGGCUGCUGGUCUUCGGCCAACGAUCGCAGUACGUUGGCGCUUUUCCUGGCUACUUCCACUGCGUGCCCGCAGGGGUGGUAGAUGCACCUGACCUGCUGCACACCGUGCAGAAGGAGCUCGAAGAGGAGGUCGGCGUGGACUGGGCCGACGUUCGUCGCUGCGACUUCUACGCGCUCUUGGACACGGGCGCAGAGCAGGGCCACAAGUACGAGUUUGUGUUGUACCUUCAGUUGGCCCUCCCUGCCGGCGACGUGUUCAGGCGGUAUCAGAGCGCCAUCGACAAAAAGGAGCACGAGGCCUUCCUCUUUCUGCAGCCUGGAUCCAAAACGGCAAGGCCUGAGGCCCCUGCGGGCCUUCCCGUCGUCAGCGUCGAUGACUUCCUGUCUGGAGGCUACCUCGUCACAGACGUCGCCAGAAGAGCUCUUCAGCUUUUCAAUGCUGCCGAAGAAUGCAAGACCUGA